GUCAUGUCUUUUCGAGCCGCUGCGGGGUGUUGGACUUUGCGCCGCUGGAGAUGUUUACGAACACGGCAAAGUGUCACGGCGGCCGCUAGCAGGCGACAAUGUAGCAAGCUAGCGACAAAACAGCAAGACACAUCGCCAAAGAGGUCCAAGUUCCGACCGGCACCGAGCGCCACGCACGACUGGAUCGGCCCGCCCGACCCUCUUUCCAACCUGCGACCCGUCGUCUAUCGCGUGGCGCACCACGAGUCGGAGCUGGAGAGGCGCCUGAGGAACUUGCGGCAGGACACCGAGGACUGGAACCACAGAUUCUGGACCCAGCAGAACGUCACCUUCAGCAAGGAAAAAGAGGCCUUCAUUGUGUCGCAGCUGAAGGCCAAAGGCUUGACUGAGCGACACCAGCAAGGCCGCCGCACUCUGAGCAGCGAGGAAAUGUCCGUCUUCUACAAGAACUUCUUGGACAAAAACCGAGAGCGACAUGCGAGUUACAACAAGUCGGUUGUUUUGGCACACACACGCACGUGCACACACGCACCGGUUGUUGUGAAUAUUUGUAAUGUUCUUACUCGUACUUGCAGGAAGUGGUACCGACGCAACUUGUCAAUCACCGUCCUCAUGGCCCGCGUUGCGCUGCACAAGCUGUGGAAGACGAUCGUCAAUAAACACCACAACACACCCACAACGUGAUCGCAAACGCGCGCGCGCACACCGCCUGUCAAUCGUGCCGGAAAGUCACUUCAUUAGGUACACGGUGGAAUGAUGUACCGUAAUCCCCACUCCAUUGCGGGAUUACCUUCCAGCGCACCCCCACAAUCGGUGACAUCCGCCAUAUAGAAAUAUCCCAUUUAAAUACAACCUAGGCAUGUUUUUAUACCAUUUACAGCACUUAGAAUUUGUUUAAAAAGUCUUUUUGAAAAGAAUACAAACACAUUUAAAAACCUAAUAUAUCAAGAGAGCGCAAGAGCAAUGGAUAACACCAAGCAUAUAAAAAAAUAGAGUAACAACUGUAAUAACUCAAACCAAAUCUGCGAAAGAGUGUGAACUGCAGUGUAGUGGGGGAUUACUGUUCAAAUUUGAUUGACACUGUCAGAAAAGUGUUGGACUACUAUCGGAUUGUGCAUUGAGUGUACCUAAACAUUAUUGUUUCCAAAUAAAACAACUUGAACCAAA